CAUGCACCUGUAUCAGCAUCGACCCCAAAGGUAAAAUCGUGGCUGUCCGGCACCACGGCUGGCAAGGUGUUUGGUCCUCAACUCUUACAACGGCAUCCAGCUGACGUCACUGGCGGCAGGGAACACUCAGGUCAACGCCCUCAGCUUCUCACCUGACGGCAAGCAACUUGCAGUGGGGACCUUUGAUGGUUUCAUCCAGAUUUUCUACGUGCAAGACGAAGGUCACAAUUUCUUCAGGUCUCAAAUCUCAUCGCUCAAGCACAACAACAUGUUCAUCAUGAACCUGGAUUGGUCCCUGGACUCAAGGAUUCUACAGACUGUUCUAGGGGAUUACGACAUCGUCUACUGGGAUGUCUCGACCUCUCAAAAGUUUAAGUCUGCCAGAAACUUCCGUGACGUCAAGUGGGCCACCCAGAACUGUCCCAUCGGCCACUCCAUCAUAGGUCCGUGGCAGAAUCUUGACCGCGGUGACGUCAUCAACGUGGUGGCCAGGUCCCAGUACAGAGACCUGAUGGUGGUGGGCGACAGCAAGGGCAGGAUCAGGCUCUACAAGUGGCCUAGCUCGGUGCCUAAGGCCAGUUUCAGGAACACGAAGGUCUACUCAACAAACGUCACGUGUGCGACCUUCACCUACGACGACAGUUUCGUCAUCACGUCUGGUGGGAACGAUGCCGCCCUGAUGCAGUUCUCCGUCCUUGACCCACUCAACACCAGAUAACUAACCACGUGACCUCUGA